AUGGAAAAUCAUGGCCACUAUCUCUCUAUAAGAUUUUGGAAGCCCGACUUUAAUUCGGAGAAGGCGGAGAUAGAUAAGAUUGCGGCGUGUGUGAGACUUCCCAGUUUAGCAAUCGAGUAUUAUGAGGAACAGAUGCUUAGACAAAUCGGGAACAUCAUCGGCAGAACCCUUAGAGUAGACACCUACACGGUAGAGAAAUGCAGAGACAAAUUUGUGCGACUUUGUGUCGAGUUGGACCUCAUUGAACUACUUGUAGCUCAAUAUGCCAUCAAUGAAGUCCGUUACUUAGUGGAGUACGAAGGAAUUCAUAACAUAUGCUUUGCAUGCAGGAUGGUCGAACAUAAGAAGCAAAGAUGCCCGAAAAAGGUUCAAAAUAAGCCUCCUGGAAGCACUGAACAGCAACAUGCAAGGAUGAAUCAAGAAGGUGAAAGGAUGAAAAACCAACAAAGCAGGGAAGAAGACAGGGGUAAGAAGGGAAAGGGCAAAGAAGUCCAGGAGGAACAAAGAGAAGCCUUUGGACUAUGGAUAAUUGUCCAAAAAACUACACGCGGCAGGAAAACGGUAAAAGAAGGUGUAGGUACAGUUAGUGGAGUGGAUGGAGAGACAAGCAAAAAUGGAAAGAAAGUGGUUAGUGGUAUGAAGUUCGUUAUUCUGAAUGAUGAGGAGGCUACGAAUGCCAAUGAUGGUGCAAUGGGACCACAGGAGCAAAAUAUGGAAAGAAUUUCUAUAGGACCUAACAUAAACCAAAAUAGACCCCAACAAGUAGAGAAAAGUCCAAACCAGAACCAAAAACUUGCAAACGAGACACCUGUCUCCGCACUACCUCAGCCCCAAAAAUCGCAACCCAACCUAGGUCAAGAUAGACUAACACUGAACAAAAACCUUGGCCAAGAAACUCAUGUCUCUAAGACAUCAAAGACCCAUCCUAACAAGAACAAUACAAGCAACAUAUGUGCACAAGUCAGUAACCCCCAAAGUAAUCCCAACACAUUUGAGCACAACCUGGAGUUAGAUAUGGAAGACUCUUUUAUUCCAGAAACAGUUAACACAAAUGAAGAGAUAGAGUAUAAUCAAGAGCCAGAGCUUCCAAACCUCAAUUCCAUCAAUACAGAGUUGAUGGUUGUAGUAGCGAAGAGGGUGGAGGAGCAACUAUAA